UUUGUGGAUAAAAGCAUAGACAAUGGCAGACGCCAAUGAGAUGACCAUCAACCUUGUUGUCCUUGGAAAAACUCAGACUGGCAAAAGUGCUGCUGGGAACAACCUGCUGGGGAGCUCAGACUUUGAGAGCCAUUACUCCCCAAGGUCUGUGACUAUGUGCUGUAGCCUCGGAUGCAGCUGCCGCAUUUUGGGGAUUAUACGCAGAAAUGGCUGUGAACUAGCUCUCCGUGUCCGAGUACUUGACACUCCAAGCUACCCUCACAGUGGGCUGAGCAAAGAGCAUGUGAGAGACACAGUGAGAUCAGCCCUGGCUUACCACUUUGGGGAGGAAGGCCUGCACCUAGCUCUCUUGGUCCUGAGGGCUGACUUGCCUCUGUGUCCAGAUGAAAGUGAUGAUGCAGUUCAGUUCAUCCAGGAACUUCUGGGUCCCAAUUGGAAGGAUUUCACUGCAGUUCUACUUACUCAUGCUGACAAGGCAGAAGAGGCUGGAUGCAGUGAGGAAGAAUACCUGCACAGUGCCUCAAGUACCCUAUUGUCACUACUGAACUCACUACAGCACAAAUAUAUUUUCCUUGAUAACCAGAGGAGCAUGAUUAAAGAGGAAAGAACUAUUGUCUUAAGAAAGCUCUUGAACUUUAUAAGACAAAAUAAUUAUCAAGCUCUUCUACUUAAAAACAAUAAGAAACAAAAUUAGCUUUCAGGUACUCCUUUGCCUAUUUUCUAUGCUAUUU